AGGCGGGCGGGCGGUUGCCAGUGGCUCGGCGGCUGGGCGCCCAGUCGCGUAGGUGACGCACACGGUCCUUCCCCAGGGACGGUCCGGAGCCCGCCCAGGCAGUCGAGCCCUCUCCAGACCCCGGCGUCCUGCAGGCUGGGGCGGCGAUGGUGCGGGUCGAGGGCUGGCGGUGGAGCUGACCAGGGGCCGCAGGGGCUGAGAAGAGCUUGCCCGCGCCGGCCAAGCAGGAAGGAAGCCUUUCCCGGCCCUCCUCCUUCGGGCUCCGGGUUCCCGCCCGCCUCUGUCCAUCCGCCAGGGUCACGCCUGUCUCGGGAGUCCCCGAGCUCUGUGCCCCGCAGGCCCUGGCCCCCCUCGGCGGGAAUGUUCAAAAAUGAGUAUCAGGGAGGUGCAUUUGUUGAAAUCUUCAGUGCUCAGGGAAAAAAUCCUGGAGCAAAAUGGAAGAUCGUUGGCAGUCCAUCUGUGAUUUGGAAAGAGUUUGAUAAAGAAGUUAAAAGUUUUGUGUUUGUUCUGGAAGGCAGCAGCCAAACAAACAAAAUUCAGUUACCAAAGGAGAAUAAGCAAAUCCUUGGACUGAUCCAGAGGUUUCUUGUACUUCAGAUUUAUGUACCCCUGGGACAAGACUUCUCCACUGAAUUACUAACCCGGAUUGAACAAACAGCCCCUAUCUGGGACAUGCUGUUCAUGAGAAUUACUGAUUUAGGAAACAUCAAAAGAAGAUUGUAUUUAUCAACGGUCCAUAAGGAACUAUCCUCAACCCCUCUUCAUGCAAAAAUCCCGCUCUUCAUGAUCAAACGCAAAAUUUGGUGCAAUCUAUGCAUUGACUUGGUAGCAUUCACCAGUGAAAUAUUCAAGGGGGCAGUUUUCCAGUCAUUGGAUGGAAUUGUUGUCUCGGCUAACUGUAAGCUACGGAAGAUCUUCACCUUAAAAUCAAAGCCUCAAGACACUGCUGAUAAAGAUGCUGUACGUGGAGUUCCCUUUCCAACAGAUGAACCUGUAGACAUUAUUCCCAGAAGCUGUCAACUAACAACAGAUGUUCCACAUGUCACGCAACUGCUAAACAUGACUAAACUCCGCCAAACAGAAAUAAAAUUUGGAGGUCAUACUCUAAGUUCAGCAGAAUCAGAUCAGUUCAUUAACAGAGGAACGGGUAGUGUGCGGAACAGUAAAAAUCAAGAUGUUUGUCAUAUUGCCUUUGGAUCCAAAGUUCUUGGACCACCUCCACUCUCUGGCAGAAGAAAUAACAUGAGGAUAUCCAGUGAGACAGUUAGACCCAUUGGGUCCAGAAACAACCGGUCGUUCCAGCAGUCCACAGUACAGAAGUGUGUUAACAGUGCAGGAAUGUCAGCCUUGCUGAUGUCUGACUUUGAGAAGCAAGGAAAUAAAGAAAAUCGUCACCAAGUAAAGCAGACAGUACCUAUUCAUGCCAAUCUACAUAUUAUGUGUCCACAUCCUCCUGACGAACCAUCAACAGAUAAGAAUAAUAACAGAAGAAGAUUACGGCUAAAAAGCACCAGCAGAGAAAGGAGAGAGACACCUAGCGGGAGUUCUUCAAGAAAUAAUAGCAGUGAAGAUAAAGCCACAACUGUCCUCACUCCUGUGUCCCGACAAGGAACAGAGAUGUUCUACCCCAGCACCCUAGGACCCCAGUCUCCUGAUCAAGCAGAUGAGUGGAUAUUUCCUGAAAAUGAUGAUCACGUUCCCCAUCUGGUGUCUAGAAGGCAGUCUUUACUUCUGGAUGAUGACUUCUGCAACACUUCACACCUGUGGCUAGAAGCCAGCAAGGAAAGUGAACAGGAUCAACAGGCAGAGGAAACCCAGAUCAUUCCAAAGGACAUUUUCACGUUUUCAUCAAGACCACGAUCAGCACCUCAUGGAAAGACUCAGAAUAUGUCCCCAGAGGAGCUCCCAUUUAUUUUGGAUAUAAAAGAAAAUAACAGCGUGACAAGGAGUGACACCCAAUCAGAGGAUGAUUUUUAUGGUGGUGACAGCAUCGAAGAGGGUAACCACAGUUUCCAGGGUUCUCCAAGCCCAACAACUGGUCCUUCAGGGUUAACUCGGCUAACAUUAGAGAGCGUGCUGGGAAAGGCAGCAAGCCCGACAAGUGAAGGAUGUCUAAAAAGUGCCUGCAUGGAAGCAGCAGCAGCAGCAGAAAGCCAGAGUUCCUUGGAGAAGCAAAUAGAUAGAAACGACUUCCAAACGAGUUUGUUGCCUACACCAUGCCUUUCUCCCCCUGGAAGAAGGUGUGGAUCCUCUCAGAAAACUCCAGACCCCCUUAUCAAAGCAAAGGACCUACCAGCUCAUCAAGUGCCAGCUUCGCAAAACAAAACCUCCCUAAAAGAAAUCUCAGGGGAAAAGUUGAGACCCAUCCCCGAAGUAUCUGAGUAUGACUGGAGAAACUACCAGCCCAGCCAGAUGAGUGAAUCUGAGUUGCAGAUGCUGGCGAGCCUGCGACGGCAACAGAACGAAGAGCUGGAGGAUGCCGGGGCGUCCCACGGCCUGAGCGCAUCUCAGGUUGACAACUGCAACGUCAGCAUAAGUACCAGCAGUGACGACACAACCACCUGGAACUCUUGCCUGCCACCCCCUGUCAAUCAGGGCCGUCACUAUCAGAAAGAAAUGAAUCCACCCUCUCCUUCUAAUCCCCGGGACUGGUUAAACAUGCUGAGCCCACCAAUUGUUCCCCCCAGUCAACAGCCAGCCGAGCAGCAUCCGGAUUCCCCUGCAAGUUCAAGUGCUCAAGACAGCCUCGGCCUGAGCUGGUUCUCUGGGGAGAGAGAAGCCAAGGAGUGGUUGCCCCUCUGCUGGGGAAAUACAGGCCGUCAGACCAGGAGUGUGAUGAAGACGUUUCAAGAGUUGGGCGGAGACAGGUUCCUCAACCAGCACUAACCAGGAGCAACGCCUGGAAGUGCCGCAGCCCUUUUGCAACUGUGAGGGCAAAAGACACACACCAACGAUGUCAGAGGAAGAAGCUAGAAGUGUGGGCCCUUUGUUCUUCCUUGAGCGGCUGCCCCUGUCCUGGGCUGCAACUUCUAGAACACAUUCCACGCAGGAAGAAUCCGCAGCCCCGAGCAUGCUUGGAUGGACUUCCGUGCACUUGAAGGGGAAAG